UGGAAGCCAGAAGAUCGAGGGGUCCCCACCCACAGACCCAAUUUGUAGAGAAGCCAGGCACAGUUGCACCCAGGUGUCAGCAGCAACGGAGCUGAGUGGGAGCAACAUCAGGGAAAGGAAGAAGAAGAAGAAGAAGAAGCACCGCUCUUUCAUUGGCUCUGAGAAAACCUCUUCAUUAGCCUCAUUUGGCAACGCCCCAGCAGGCACCAGCACAGACCGAGGAAGCGGGCAUUUGGCACUUGGGAAUGCUCUGAGCCGCCAGCCACUGAGCAUCAUCAGGCUCCGCUGCUGCCAGCCCCACCGCUCGCUCACUCAGUGGACUCGGGCCGGGCCUCAGUCGCCUGCCGUGCAGCCAGCUCUCCCCAGGCUCCAGCCCCGCUCCCAGCCAGAAUGAACGAAAUCCUAGACCCGGCGUCCCAGGCCAACCUGGGGGUGGUCUCGGCCACCUGCGUCUCCAAGGUGGAGCUCCGCGUCUGCUGCAAGCACCUCCUUGACCGGGACACCCUCAACAAGUCGGACCCCUGCGUCGUCCUCCUCAUGCAGUCCCAAGGACAGUGGGUCGAGGUGGACCGGUCCGAGGUCAUCAGAAGCAACCUGAACCCCGUUUUCGCCAAGGUGUUCAUGGUGGACUAUUACUUUGAGGAGGUGCAGAAGCUGCGCUUCGAAGUCUACGACAUCCACGGGCACGGCGGCGUGGGCACCCACGAUGACGACUUCCUGGGAGGCAUGGAGUGCACGGUGGGACAGAUCGUGGCUCAAAAGCGGGUGAGCAAGCCGCUCUUUCUCAAGUACGGGAAACCCGCCGGCAAGUCCACCGUCACAGUGACCUCGGAAGAGAUUUCUGGAGACAACGGCUUUGUGGAGCUCUUCUUUCGGGCAAAGAAGCUGGAUGACAAGGAUCUUUUCAGUAAAUCAGAUCCCUUUCUGGAGAUCUACCGGAUCAAUGAUGAUGGAAGUGAGCAGCUGGUACACCGGACUGAGUUUGUCAAGAACAACCUGAGCCCCAUUUGGGAGCCCUUCAAAGUGUCCCUGAACUCCCUCUGCAGCUGUGAAGAGAAGCGGAAGCUGAGGUGUGUCAUCUUCGACUAUGACUCCCGAGGGAAGCACGACUUCAUCGGGGAGUUUUACACCACUUUCGAGGAGAUGCAGAAAGCCACAGGCGGCAACAAGAUCCAGUGGGACUGCAUGAAUCCCAAGUACAAACUGAAGAAGCGGAACUACCGAAAUUCGGGUGUGGUCAUUCUCCUGGACCUGAAGAUCCACAGGGUUUACUCCUUCCUGGACUACAUCAUGGGCGGCUGCCAGAUCCACUUCACGGUGGCCAUUGACUUCACAGCCUCCAAUGGGGACCCCCGAAACAGCUGCUCCCUGCACUACAUCAACCCUUACCAACCCAACGAAUACCUGAAGGCCCUGGUGGCCGUGGGGGAGAUUUGCCAAGACUACGACAGUGACAAGAAAUUCUCUGCCUUGGGCUUUGGAGCAAGGAUCCCCCCCAACUAUGAAGUCUCCCAUGAUUUUGCCAUUAACUUCAGUACCGAGGAUGAUGAGUGUGAAGGCAUCCAGGGGGUGGUGGAGUCUUACCAGAGUUGCUUGCCCAAGAUCCAGCUCUACGGCCCAACCAACGUGGCACCCAUCAUCUCCAAAGUGGCCAAAGUAGCUGCAAAUGAAGAAAAGACCCAGGAAGCUUCGCAAUACUUCAUCCUGCUGAUCCUAACCGACGGGGUGGUGACCGACAUGGCGGACACGCGGGAAGCCAUCGUCCGGGCCUCCUAUUUGCCCAUGUCCAUCAUCAUUGUGGGGGUGGGCAACGCCGAUUUUACCGACAUGCAGAUCUUGGACGGGGACGAUGGGAUCCUUCGCUCCCCCAGAGGCGAGCCUGUCAUGCGGGACAUCGUGCAGUUCGUCCCCUUCCGAGAGUUCAAGAAUGCUUCGCCCACCGCCCUGGCCAAGUGUGUGCUGGCAGAGGUGCCCAAGCAGGUGGUGGAAUAUUACAGCUCCAAGGCCUUACCCCCCCGUGGCCCCAAAGGGAGCACCCCUGGCUCUGCUUUGAACUCACCGCAGUGAACCCGCAGUGACCCCACCCGUCCACCUGCGUCCGUCUCCCCUCCUUGUGCUCGUCCUCCAGAAAGCAAGACCCACCGAGAGCUUCUCUUUCCACUGCGCAGAGCAGGACGUCUCCUGCGCCCCCCUGGCUGUUUGAGCACCAGGACAGCGAAGUUAUGCAAGAGGCCAGCAAGUCCAGGAAAGGCCCUGAGAUGAGGGAGGGCAGAUGGGGAUAGAGAGGGGGCAGUAGGACAGCAGGCACUCCAAGCUGGGCAAUGCCAAAGGGGCAGCAGGAUUGCAAAGGAAAGAGAGAGGAAGGUACAGAGGAAGAAGCAGGCCGAGAGGGGAAGUGGGUGCCCUUUGCCCCUCAUCACUGUCGCUCAGAUACAUCCACACGGGCCAAGAAAGCUCCUCUUCGCCCUUCCUUUGGUGUCUCCCAGGCAGGGAAAUAAACCUCUGUAUAUUUAACAGCACACACGCCCCUUGAAACUGCUCAAGGGAACAGCAGCGCCCCUUCUCUUUGCAAUGGGGCACCCUGGAAACAAAGGAGUAAAUAAAGCAGGGGCAUUCUGGGCAGGGGGGCAGAAAACAGAGGCACCCCAAGGAGCUGAACUUCACAGAGUGGGUUGGGAAGGCCCUCAGGAUGGGCCCUGAGCCUGCCUUCCGCAGAGGAGCCCAGGACCAUCCCUGGAGGGUUCCAACUCUUGGAGCCACAGCACCGGCAGCUGUUCCCACACCAGCCCCUUGGCAAGGUGGAGUGCGGCAGAGAGACCCUUGCCACCACUGGGUUGUCUUGGCCCCCUCCCCUCUGUGUGCAGAGAGGGCUCCGAUGGUGAUGAGGCCGCCUCUUGGCGUGGCACAGGGGCACAGCCAGGUCAAAGUUCCCGGUCCGUGUUGCGAAGGCACUUUGGUCCAUUUCACAGCCGCCUCCUGUGCAUGAAGCGGUUCGGGUCUGGGGGCCCUUUUCCCCCUGUGUGUUCCGUGGUUGUCUUUUGCUGUGAUGUGUCAUUUGCUGAUGGUUGCAUGAGAAAUCCUAAAUGUAUCCAGGAAGACGGCCAAAUAAAAAGAGAUUAAAAAAGA